UGGUUACCUAGAAACCAAGCAAACCGUUUUACAGCAGCGCACACGCCUGAAAAAUACACAGAAAUUUCAAAUGCCUUGAAGAACGGAUUUAUUAUACGGUUCCUUUAAAUGAAGACAGCGCUGAAAUCACCCAAAGUAAUCGGGACCAAAAAACUUAAUUAGCAUCCAAAAACGGUCCAUAAACGGUGUGGCAGGCUAGCAAGCUAAGCUAAAGCAAAGAUGUUUAUUUAUCUCAGUAAGAAGAUUGCGAUUCCAAACAAUACGGUUUUAAAGUGUGUGUCUUGGAACAAAGAUCAGGGUUUCAUCGCUUGUGGAGGAGAGGAUGGCCUUUUAAAAGUUCUCAAACUUGAGACUUACACAGAUGAUGCCAAACUGAAAGGCCUGGCUGCUCCCAGCAACCUCUCUAUGAAUCAGACACUGGAGGGCCACAGUGGUGCAGUGCAGGUUGUGACUUGGAAUGAACAGUAUCAGAAACUGACCACCAGUGACCAGAACGGCCUCAUCAUUGUCUGGAUGCUUUACAAAGGUUCAUGGUAUGAAGAAAUGAUUAAUAACAGGAAUAAAUCUGUGGUGAGGAGCAUGAGCUGGAAUGCUGAUGGUCUGAAGAUCUGCAUUGUGUAUGAGGACGGUGCUGUGAUCGUGGGCUCGGUGGAUGGGAACAGGAUCUGGGGUAAAGAACUGAAGGGGACCCAGUUGGCACAUGUGGCCUGGUCUCCAGACAGUAAGAUCUUGCUGUUUGGGAUGGCCAAUGGAGAGAUCCACAUUUACGACAACCAGGGAAACUUCAUUAUGAAGAUGACCUUGAGUUGUUUGGCGAAUGUAACAGGUGCCCUCAGUAUAGCAGGUAUCCACUGGUACCCGGGCACAGAGGGGUAUCUGGAGCCAGACUGCCCCUGCCUGGCCGUUUGCUUUACUAAUGGGCACUGCCAAGUGAUGCGGCAUGAGAGUGAUGACAGUCCUGUGAUCAUUGAGACGUGCAUGUGGCAUGUGGCCAGUAUCCAGUGGAAUCACUGUGGCAGUGUUCUAGCUAUAGCAGGAUCAGUCAGAAACAGCGGAGCAGAGAAAGACAUAAAUGUUGUUCACUUCUACACUCCAUUUGGAGAGCACUUGCGGACUCUGAAGGUUCCUGGAAAGCAGAUGACUGCUGUAUCAUGGGAAGGUGGAGGACUCCGAAUUGGCCUGGCUGUAGAUUCCUACAUUUACUUUGCCAACAUUCGGCCAGAUUACAAAUGGGGUUACUGCUGUAACACGGUGGUGUAUGCAUACACACGGCCUGAUAGGCUGGAGUACAGUGUGGUGUUCUGGGACACUAAGAAUAAUGAGAAGUUUGUAAAAUAUGUCAGGAGUCUCAUGUCCAUCACCACCUGUGGAGAUUAUUGCAUCUUGGCAACAAAAGCAGAUGACACACAUCCACAGGAGGACACUGAGGCUGAGGCUGGAUCAGCUAUGGCAUUUAAUGAGCUGUCCAAUCAAAACACCUCAAAGGAUCGGUCUAGCAGAAGAAAGUAUGUUCUGGUGUUGUGUAACUCCAUUGGAACACCACAGGACUCCAAAUAUAUUGACGUCGACCCUCUGUUCGUCACCAUGACGAAGACUCACGUGAUCGCCGCAUCUAAGGAGGCGUUUUACGUUUGGCAGUAUCGUGUGGCUAAGAAACUCACUGCUCUUGAGAUCAACCAGGUCGCCAAAACAAGAAAGGAAGGCCGGGAGAGGGUUUAUCACAUCGAUGACAGUCCAAGCGGAACAUCGGAUGGGACACUGAACUUUGCCAAAGCCUUCACAGCCACCAGAGAUCCGAUCUGCUGCAUCACAGCAUCAGACAAGAUGCUUCUAGUGGGUCGUGAGUCUGGUAUCUUACAAAGAUACAGCCUGCCCAAUAUCAACCUCCUGCAGAAAUAUGCUCUCACAUCCAGACCAUAUCAGCUGUCCCUGAAUUGCAACUCCAGCCGACUGGCUAUAAUUGACAUUACGGGCGUGUUGACGUUUUUGGAUGUGGAGACACGGGCUUCGUCAGGGGACGCAGAGGGUGGGUCCACAGCUGGAGACCCAUCUAAAUUCGAGCGCAAGGAUGUCUGGGAUAUGAAAUGGGCUAAUGAUAACCCAGAUCUGUUCUCCAUGAUGGAGAAAACAAGAAUGUAUGUCUUCAGAAACCUGGACCCUGAGGAACCAAUUCAAACAUCUGGCUUCAUCUGCCACUUUGAGGAUCUGGAGAUCAAAUCUGUUCUUUUGGAUGAGAUUAUGAAGAAUCCAGAGGUUCCAAAUAAAGAUUAUUUAAUGAACUUUGAGAUCCGCUCACUGAGGGACAGCAGGGCGCUGAUUGAGAAAGUUGGAAUUGAAGAUGCUUCUCAGUUUAUUGAGGACAAUCCCCAUCCGCGCCUCUGGCGUCUGUUGGCAGAAGCGGCACUGCAGAAGCUGGAUUUGAAGAUGGCUGAACAGGCGUUUGUGCGCUGUAGGGACUACCAGGGCAUUGAAUUUGUGAAGAGACUGAGCAACCUGCAGAGUGAAGCCAUGAAACAGGCCGAGGUAGCUGCUUACUUCAGCAGGUUCGAGGAGGCAGAGAGGAUGUACCUGGACAUGGACCGCAGGGAUUUGGCGAUCAGUUUGCGUAUAAAGCUCGGUGAUUGGUUCAGGGUUCUGCAGUUGCUGAAGACAGGAUCAGGUGACUCUGAUGAUUCUCUUCUGGAGCAGGCCUACAAUGCCAUUGGAGACUACUUUGCAGACAGACAGAAAUGGUUGAAUGCAGUCCAGUAUUACCUGCAGGGUCGUAAUCAGGAGCGUCUGGCUGAAUGUUAUUAUAUGCUGGAGGACUAUGAUGGUCUGGAGAGACUUGCAAACUCCCUACCAGAAAACCAUAAACUGCUACCAGACAUUGGUCAGAUGUUUGUUACCGUGGGAAUGUGUGAGCAGGCUGUCAGUGCAUUUCUGAAAUGUAACCAGCCCAAAGCAGCUGUGGAUGCCUGUGUGCAUCUAAACCAGUGGAACAAAGCUGUGGAACUUGCCAAAAACCACAGUAUGAAGGAAAUCGGGCCUCUUCUGUCAAAAUAUGCCUCACAUCUGCUGGAGAAAAACAAAACUCUAGAGGCUGUAGAGCUCUACAGAAAAGCCCAUCACUUUCUGGAUGCUGCCAAACUCAUGUUUAAGAUCGCUGAAGAUGAGGCAAAAAAGAGAACGAGACCAUUGCGAGUGAAGAAGCUGUAUGUGCUCGCUGCCUUGCUGGUAGAAGACUUCCACACCCAGAUCAAAAGCUCACAGCAAAGCAAAACCAAGGGCAAGAAAUCAGAGGCCACCAGUGCAUUAGCAGGGCUGUUAGAGGAAGAUGAGACGUCUUCAGACAGCCGUAUCCUGGAUGACGCCUGGCGUGGGGCAGAGGCCUAUCAUUUCUUCCUGCUUGCGCAGAGACAGCUGUACGAUGGCAAGGUGGACGCAGCCAUGAGGACAGCUCUCCAUCUCCGUGACUAUGAGGAUAUUAUCCCUGCUGUGGAGAUUUACUCUCUGCUAGCCAUCUGCUCAUCUGCUAAUUGUGCGUUUGGUACGUGUUCACGUGCCUUUAUUAAGCUGGAAUCUCUGGAAGCACUGACUCCAGAUCAGAGGCAGCUUUAUGAAGACCUGGCCCUGGAGAUCUUCACCAAACACAGCCCCAGAGACACCCGGCAAAGCCAGCGAGACAGCCUCACUGAUGGGCCGGAGGGCAAGUUGCCCACCUGUAUAGUGACAGGAAGAAUGAUAUCUGAGUACCAGUUCUGGAUGUGCAGUGUGUGUAAGCACUGUGCUUUGGAGCAGGAGGUCACACAACACAACUUCUGUCCUCUCUGUCACUCCCCAGUGGGAUAAAUUGUUCCGAUCUCUUUCCCAAGCUCAGCUCUUGCUCCAUCAAAUGUCAGUCUUUUUGAUGUACCUUAGGACACAAGACACAGGGUUAGAAAGCUUAAAACAUAUGUGAUUUGAAUGUUCAAACAAAUUAACAUGUAUAUUUGUACAUUGAAUCUCUUUUAUACAUCUUUUAUAUACAUUAUUUUCACUUAAAAUAAUAUUACACACAUUUUCCUGUGAAACAUUCUUAUGUAAACCACACUCAACUUAAUUUGACCAUUUAUGUAAGAGUGGGUUUUAACGGUUUGAAAAGAUACUGUAUGAGUGUGUGUAUGACGUUUUUUAGUUAGGAAAUGAAAAAAGAAACUGAAUAUCUCCUAU